CAUAUACAUAUCUAGCUGCUGACUUCACUUUCCCCAAGUAUAAAUUGGCUAAGAUUGACAUCGGAAUUUCAAUUCAUCCACAUCCUUUUUUGUUCCAACCUUCUUCAAUAUUCCAAGAUCGACCACAUGACCACCACUUCCACCACCGCCGAACACCCUAGCUAGGCAGUACUUUCCGGAAGGUGGAUCCAAUUUAAACGGAAAGAUCCGAGGAUCAAACUCAUCCCAUGAUCAAUUCUGGUUUUCCAAAGAAGAAAAUACAACAACAUCCAUGGAAGAAUCUCCUCCAGGUUACAACAACAACCAAAAUAAUCCAGCCAACCCUCGAGAAGGCGGAGAAGGAGGAAGGCGGCAUUACAGAGGAGUAAGACAGAGGCCAUGGGGGAAAUGGGCAGCCGAAAUCAGGGAUCCAAAGAAAGCAGCUCGGGUUUGGCUCGGGACAUUCGACACCGCGGAGGCCGCGGCCAUGGCUUACGACGAUGCCGCCAUCAAAUUCAAGGGUUCCAAAGCUAAGCUCAAUUUCCCCGAACGUUACCAGCAAGGCAACCCCAUUUACUUAACCCAACGGCCACCAGGUCCACCACCGCUGCCGCCGCAGCAAGAAUCAGCUGCUCCUCAAGCCGCUGCCAGCGCCGUUGAUAGUUACCCUCAUCUCUAUCAGUAUGCGCAGUUGCUUUCCAGCUCCGAUGCCGAGUUGCCUUACUACACUUCAGCUCUUUACAAUCAGCAACAACAGCAACCUGGAUAUUCUCCCAGUUUCUCGCCGUCUUCUUCGUCUUCUGUGUCGGAUCAUCCUCCUCCUCAAGUUGAUUAUCAACCGUACGAUUAUUCUUCGGAUUUUAUCAAUUAUAAUUACCUCCCGCCUCAUGGAAAUAAUCAUUUCGAUCCCGGUAGCAGCGGCUAUGGUGAUUAGCAUAGAUCGAUCGGUUUUUGGUUGGUUAAUUUGAUCGUCGAUGUAGCUGUAGCGCAUGGUGUUUUAGUAGUCUUCAAAUGUACCGCAAUCUUAAUUCAUGCAUGAAAUGAAAGUUGCAGUUAAUUUAGAUUUUACGGCUUCAAAUUUUGUUCAUAUUUGGUUCAACAUUGCGAUCUCAAAUUCCUAUACGUUUUUUUUAAUCACUCGGUUUGAACUCUUUACUAAAAAUUAACCUAAAUGUGAAAACUUUG